ACGAAGCUCUCACUGGACAGCAGUGAUCUCCAUCUUCGCAAUCAUCCAGAUCCUCCCUCACCGCUGGCGGCUGCGAUUAGGUGACCCUCUCAAGCGUCUGCGAGAAUACUUGCAACGCAUGCACUUGUGUGUCGGCUGAUCUCUCCAGCCGCUAAGAAUACGCGCAGCGCCUGAUCUAGAAGUCGACAUCCUCAGCUGUGACCUAUCCCGGCGUAUCUUCACGACGAGCCACAUAUCGGGGUGGUAGGAUUCAGGAGCGCUACCUCUGCAUCCAGUCCAGGCUUAGGGCUUGUCUCUCUCCUUCUCAGCAUGUACCCGGGGAGCCAGCCUUCCCAGGCCACAGGCGGGCAGCACUCGGCAUUCUCGCAUCCGCCCAAUCUUCAUGGCUCGAAUUUCUAUGGCGGCCCCCAAGGUGGCUCCAUUGGAUCUCCCUCCACGCCGCCCUACAAUACUCAGGGAUGGCCCCCAGGCUCGGCUGCUGCUGCUUUCGGUGCUCCUGCCGGAGUCUACUCUCCAGCUGGCAACAGCAGGAACUUCGCCGGGGGCAGCUCGCUUGGACAUACGUGGAGUCCUGCGGGCGGCGUCGGCUCGGAUGCGCCACAGGUAGACGGCGAUGAAGAUGAGGAUGAUGAAGAAGACGAAGAGGAUGAGGAGGACGAAGACGACGAUGACGACGAUGAGGAACAAGAUCAGAGCAGUGGCAAGAAGCGCAAGCGUUCGGGUGACAAGGGCAAGGCCAACGGAGCAGGCAAUGGCAAAGGGUCCGGCGCAGGUUCAUCGGACAAAAAGGCGAAGCCGACGCGAGGCGCAAAGGCUUGCACCAACUGCAGGCGCUUGAAGAUGCGAUGUGUAGGAGCGGAACAAGGUCCGCCUUGCGCUCGGUGCAAGCACGGCGGUCACAACUGCGUGUUCGAGGAGAGCAACCGCGGCAAAAAGGGAGGCAAGAAUCAGCGCGCCGAGGCGAUGGCUCAAAGCUUGAGGAAAAUGGAGGCGACUCUCAACUCCGUCUUGAUGAGCCUGCGCGACCCGACCAUCGCGGCGGGCGGGGGUACUGUGACGAGGAGUCCCUCUCCGACGCGCGAGGGAAGUAGGCCAAGCAGUGGCAGGCAUUUCAAAGAUCGGCCUGGCUCGCUGAGCCAAGCUGAGGAUCGCGAAAGGCGAGAGCGCGGAUGGGCCGCUGUGAACGAAGCGGACGAGUACGGCAGACCUUUCAAGCGCAGGCCUGGCACCAUCCCUCCGCUUGCCUCCGCUUCAAAUGCCGAAGCAGCUGCGAGCCCAGGAGGCAAGCAUGUCAACCCAUCGGCUCUGGCCGGACGGGAUGACGGGAGGGCGGCCGGUACCCAGGCUGCACCAGAGUCCGGCGCUCGCUUCGCCGUGCCAGCUCAGCCCGCCCGCGGCGGACGACGACACUCGCCGCGACUGCAUUCGCUGCCCGACAGCACUCUGACACCCUUGGGUCUGUUGGCGGAAGCGAGCUUGCACAAUCACGAGCGCAGCAAACGACUCGGACCAAGGCUGCACAGGCACACCAGCAGCAGCACAAGCGUCUCCGAAAGCUCGCCAGCCAGCUCCUCCGUCCGCCUCAAACGCGAUGGAGAAGAGGCAGAGGAGCACGGAACACCCGCGACUGUCAACGUCGCGAUAGGUGCAGGUUCCCCUGAUGACGCUGGUAAAGCUAGUGUCGCUGCCAGCAGCGGCAGUGGCUCGCGCGAGGUCAAGGGACUUUCUGCAGACGACUCAAGCGAGGGCGCCGGCCUUGACAGGAUCGCGUCCAAACAGUAUCCAGCUCCGCCGGAUGAGUACGUCGAUUUCCCUGGCGCAGAACGCGCCAAGCAGCGUCCUGGAGAGAAGAAUGCAGCUACGUAUAAUCCGCGGCCCAAUCCCGAUGAGGUAGCAGUCUCGGGUCUUGGUGUCGCCUCAGACACUUAUUUCAAGCCGGGACCGAUGAACAUACUUCCCUUGCGGCGAAUCGUCAUUGAGCGCGAACUGCCGCCUGAGCUCCUGACGAGCGGUACUUUGACGUCACAGGAAGUUCUUGAGCUCUUCCAGAUCUUCUUCCACUUUUGCUCUCAUCAUUGCGUCAUCCUCGAUCCCGAAUGGCACACGCCUACGAUGAUAUGCAGCAGAAGCCCCUUCUUGUUCACUGUCAUCUGCAUGAUCGGAGCAAAAUUCUACCCGAAGAGACCAGAGCUGUAUGCCAAGUGCUUGCUUCAAGCGCAGAAGAGCGCCUAUCUCAUCAUGGCAAGAGGUUACAAGAGUGUCGAGAUCGUUCAGGGCUUCUUGCUGCUCGCUCUAUGGAAUCAGCCGGCUGCUCGAUUUGAAGAGGACAAGACUUGGCUGUUCAGCGGCGUCGCGAUCCGCAUGGCGACAGAUUUGAACCUUCAUCGCAAGUCUGUUGCCUCCUUGCCAGGCAACUUGUCGCCGGAUGAUCCGGCUGUCCUGGAUCGUGAGCGCGAGAUCAUCAAUCGCGAGCGGACCUGGCUCAUGUGUUUCAGCGUGGACAGGAGCAUCAGCGGGCAGAUGGGUAAGCCUUGGACUAUACGAGAAGAUUGGAUCAUUCGAAACUCGCGCCAUUGGUGCAUGCAGAGACUGAGCCAGCCUUGGGACUUGGGCAUCAGCGCUCUUGUCGAGCUUCUACGUCUGACUUCCAGGCAGGUCGACUUUCUCUAUUCGUCCACCACUUCCGUAUCGGGUCUUAACACGGAGCUGGAAUACUCUUCAAUCCUUCGCAUCUAUAACGAGCAGAUCGAAGAAUGGCGAGAUACGUGGCGGUCUCGUGGGUUCUUUGGAUCGCUUUCCGAGAGUGAUGGGGCGGACGGAAGCUUUCCCCUUGCUGACGGACCCGAGGCUGAGGCUGCAAAAGAAUGGCGCGAAGCAGAGGCGAAGAUACCUGCCGAGGACACGGAUCAUCACAAGCGCACUAUGCACUUCAUCACCAAGCAAGCGCCAUUGCGCUACCACUAUGCGGUUCUCGUGAUCAAUUCCUUUGGUCUACAGCACGCGGUCGACUUCCCCCGCCGAAGUGGUCUAGACAAAGGCUGGUACUUCGCGCGCUGCUACAACGCUGCCAAAGGUAUCGUGACCGCCGCUGGAACGGGCUUGAGGUCCGUACUGUCGUACUCUCCCGAGACACACUUUGUCAUCAUCACGUAUGCCUGCGUGUUCCUGCUCAAGCUUGCUCGGCCCACCUUCAGCGCUUACGUUGACGAAGAGGAGGUGCUUGGGCUGGUCGGAGAGGGUGCCAACCUUCUUGAGGCAGUGGCUCUAAGCCCGACGCAUACUCCGGCCUUGUACUCGGGAUUCCUUAGGACUCUGCUGCAGACGAGACGAGAGGCGUCAGCGACGAAUCGAAGCAGCGGCACGACGCCAUACAAUCAGUCUCGCGCCAACUCUGCAGAAGCAGAGGCUAAUGGCGGGGAAGUGGAUGGUGCUGGUGCUAACCCAUCCCGACGCCCAUCGCUCGGUGGUGCUGUCGCCAGAGCCUUGGAAGGCAAAGCAGAUGAUGGGCCUUCCUCUUCGAAUGCCUUCUCUAACAUGGGUGGCCAAGGCUCCGCUAGCGGCUUCGCCACACCGUCAAUGAACAUCACGCCAGCUCAGAAGACGGCGCUGUCCGGGUUGGAUCCUGCGACGCUUGGUGGUAUUGACAUGUCCAACCCGCAUUUGGAUCAGCUCAACCUCGACGACUCGUUUUGGUCUCAAUUACUGCCUCCUGGGUUUGGGGGCACGCUGAGUCUAGACGGCACGGCGGGCUUGGACGGUCUGAUGGGCUCUAGCGCUGCCGGAUCAGGCGGCGGCAAUGGGCAACCAUUGCCGGCGUUCGGAAGCAGUGCUCAAGGGCAUGCUAGUGGAAUCAUUGGUCUAACACCUAGCCAGACCCGCAGCAAUUCACCGCAUCCUUCGUCCAACUUCACCAAUGUGCAAUUUGACUUGCCGCCGAGCUCCGUUCCAUAGGAGUCCACACUUUUGCUAUGCAGGAACACUGGCUACCCUUGCACCGCUCAAAAUACGCUUGCUCAGUCAUCACUUGCGCGAACAACUUAAUCUAAUCCGAAAGCGCUGCCGUGCCGUCUGCGGACGGAGCACCUUAGCCGUAU